AUGGUGGUUUGUGUCUGUGCCACCUUUGUGUCUAUGGGGAAGUUCUCAAGUCAGCUUCUGGGGAUCAGGUGAGCUAUCUGGUUCUAGUGUAUCAGUCAGAGAUGCUAUUACAAUUUUAACAUGUGGUGAACGAACACUAUGUGAUGCUAUGUGAUAGCCUUCUGUCCUUGCAGUGAGUUAUUGUGGACAGAGGACGGUGACCGUGGUUGCUGGGCUUCAGUGGUGCGACCGCCCUGCUCUAGCCUGCCACCCUGCCUCUCCUCCCAGAGUGAGAAAGGUAAGCACCUGGGUGGAGCUCUGUGAGGAAUAUGGAUUGGUAACAGGUUGCCUAAGGAUAACUACCUUACCAUAAAUGUAUUUGCAAUUAGUGUUAUCAUAGUCAUCCUCACAAUCAUCAUUAUCAUUAUGCCUGACUCAGCUAUCUUAUUGGGCUUUUAUGUCCUUUUCCACCUGUGUAUCUUAUUGGGCCUUUCCCCCCUGUAGCCAUUCGCAGGCUGUGGGGCAGCAAAGACCACAAUGUGGAGGUGGAGUAG